AUGGAGCUCAAUUUCUAUAGAAUUAUAACCAAUGGAAAGUACAGAAGUGCUCAACAUCGGGCCAUAACAAAUUCCAGCAGGGCACGACUCUCAGUUGCCACAUUUCAUGACCCUGCAAAAACAGCCAAAAUAUCACCAGCCUUGGAGCCUCCCAGAUACAGAGAAGUUGUCUAUGGGGACUACGUCUUAUCAUGGUACACUAAGGGGCCUGAAGGUAAACGGAAUAUUGAUGCCCUUCUAAUUGAAUAG